AUGGCCAAAAAAGAUAAGAAGUCCAAAGAGGCUAAAAAGGCACGUGCUGCCGAAAAGCAGAAGAAAAACACCCAGAAAGCAGAGCUGAAACAGAAGAAAAUAGCUAAGAAAACCGGUGAAGAGGAGGAAGAUCAAGACAUCGAUGCCAUCUUAGAACAAUAUGCCAAAGAGCAGGAGGAGCUUAUGGCUGUGAAGGUGGAAAUAUGCGAUAGGCCAUCCAGGAGGCUCAACCCAACUAUUGUUGCAAGCCCCCUUCAAGGAAAGCGAGAAUUGAUCCUCUUUGGAGGUGAAGCUACCCAGUCUUCCAUGUCCAAGUUCUAUAAUGAAUUAUACACAUACUCGAUUGAGAACAAUAUAUGGAGAAAAAUCACUUCCAAGAACUCUCCUUUGCCUCGUUCUUCCCACGCAAUGUGCGCACAUCCAUCUGGUAUCGUGGUGAUGUUCGGAGGAGAGUUUUCUUCUCCAAAGCAGUCGACGUUCUACCACUAUGGUGACACCUGGGUCUUAGACGCAGAGAGUAAAGAAUGGGACAAAAUUGACCAGAAAAAGGGUCCUCUGCCUAGGUCGGGCCACCGUAUGUGUGUCUGGAAGAAUUACAUUGUGUUGCAUGGAGGUUUCCGUGAUUUGGGCACUCUGACAACCUACUUGAGUGACAUGUGGCUUUUUGAUAUCACAACUUACAAAUGGACCCAAUGUGAGUUUCCCCCUGCGCACAGCAUUCCAGACGCUAGAUCGGGCCAUUCGUUUGUACCUCACCCUGAAGGUGCUGUUAUUUAUGGUGGUUAUUGUAAGUCUAAAGCUAAGAAGGGUGUCCAAAAGGGUAAGGUAUUGACAGAUGCCUGGUUGGUGAAGAUGAAACCAGACCCUAAGGGUAUUAGAUUCGAAAGAAGAAGAAAGCAAGGAUUCACACCUUCUCCAAGGGUGGGAUGCUCAAUGGUUUUCCACAAGAAUAGAGGUAUAAUGUUUGGUGGAGUUUACGAUUAUGAUGAGAGCGACGAGAAAAUCGAGUCCCAGUUCUACAACUCCUUACAAUCCUACCAAACGGAAACUAAUAGAUGGUACAACUUAACAUUAAAGCCUAGAAAACAGAAGAAGCUGGAACAGGCAAAGGAGAAGACCAGAGACGAAGAUUUGGAAGAUAUCUUGAACAGCAUUUUGGCUAAAGCAAAAUUGAAUGACGAAGAUGAUGAAGAAGAUGAAGAAUUAUCACAGUUCGAGAAAUUGAGACAACUCGAAGAAAGAGAAGAAGAAGAGAACAAGAAGGUGGAUUUCCCUAUAGUUAACCAACUACCACAUCCUAGAUUCAACGCUACAACCUGUGUCGUUGAUGACACGUUAUAUAUUUUCGGCGGAGUCUUUGAACGUGGCGACCAAGAAUUUAACUUGGACUCUAUGUAUGCUAUAGACUUGAACAAGGUCGACGGAGUCAAGGUGUUGUGGGAGGAUUUGACGGAACUCGAAAAGGAAUACGUUGAUUCGGAUGAUGAAGAAGACGACGAGGAUGACGAAGACGACGACGAGGAAGAGGAAGAAGAAAUUUCUAAUGAGAACAACGAAGAGGAUGAUGUGGAAGAAGAGGAAGUGGAGGAAGAUGAAGAAGAAGAGGAAGAGGAAGAGAUUCCUGACCCGAGACCAUGGCUCCCACAUCCUAAACCUUUCGAAUCAUUGCGUGCGUUCUACAUUCGUACUGGUGCUCAAUUCUUGGAGUGGUCUAUAUCCAGCAACAGAGACGCUAGAGGAAAGUACUUGAAGAAGGCAGCUUUUGACUUGUGUGAAGAUAGAUUCUGGGAAAGAAGAGACCAGGUCAGAAUUGCCGAGGAUCAACUAGAGGAUUUGGGAGGUGUCGGAGAAGUGAUCGAGAAAGACACUACAAAGGCAACCAAAAGAAGAUAA